UGACUGUUCGUUCAUCAGUCCCCUGACACAAAGGAACGCAAAACAGACCGAAGAAGAAUGAAAAGAAGGGACCCAUCCCAGAAAGGGGGCUCCGGACCACAGGUCAAGGCCGACAGCCCCAAGAUAUCCAAGCCUAAGCUCCGCCGUUCUUCUUCUCGGGGGUUGUCCUACCUGAAGUCGUGUGUGAUAAUCCUCGGCGCCAUUUACAUAUGUGUCCCGUUUAUCAUUAGACUGUUUCCCGCACUGGUGGGCAAGCUGGUUUACUUGAACAUGGUAAAAGUUCCGCUGUUCGUGGACCUAAAGAAUCCAGGAGAAGUCGUGAACCACACAGUGAACUUCUAUCUGACUUCAGAAGAAGGAAUAACUCUAGGAAUCUGGCACACAGUGCCCGCCAGCAGGGGAGAGGAGGCGAAAGGCAAGGACCAGCGCUGGUAUGAACGAGCGCUGUCAGACGACAACCCGGUUAUAAUUUAUCUCCAUGGUAAUGGAGGGACCAGAGCUGUCGAUCAUAGAGUGCAGCUCAUAAAGGUCCUCAGCAGAGCUGGCUUCCAUGUGUUGUCUCUGGACUACAGAGGUUACGGUGACUCCACCGGACAGCCCAGCGAGGAGGGCGUCACCGCUGACUCCUUAUACUUGUAUGAAUGGGUGAAGGCUCGGAGCCGAGGAAACCCCGUGUGUCUCUGGGGACAUUCCCUCGGGACUGGCAUAGCCACAAACGCAGCCCGAAAACUACAAGAAAGAGGUAACCCGGCCGAUGCGGUGAUACUGGAGGCCCCAUACACCAACAUCAGAGACGCCGGCGCAUUUCACCCCAUUGGGAAGAUUUAUCACAUUUUCCCUGGAUUUGAAUAUUUUUUUCUGGAAACCCUGGCACUGGACAAUAUUGUGUUUCCCAAUGACGAGAAUAUUAAAAAGCUGAGCAGCCCCCUCCUGAUCCUGCAUGCAGAAGAUGACCACGUGGUUCCAUCAUCGAUGGGGAAAGAGCUCCAUGAGAUUGCAGUAAACUCUCGUCGUCCAAGAGAUGUGAAGUUUGUCUUAUACCCUCCGGAGUUGGGCUACAGACACAAAUAUAUUUAUAAAGACCCCCAUCUGGCAGAGACGCUGUGGAAUUUCCUGAACUCCAUCUGAUGUCGGCCAUUGCCCAGGACCGUGCCACUGAGGAAUAUUUAUCAAGAGUGUUACAUUGUUACAGGAGUUUCCUAAGAAAAUAAAGAAGUGAUACAA